AAUUUAUCUAUGCAGAACGAGCAUUUUUGAGUUUGAUUGGCAAUCGAUAGUUUGAUGAGUGAAUAAUACUUUCAAAGAGUAAUUAAUCCUCUUUUAAGAUGUGAAAUAAAAGAAAAAGUUCACUUUUGAACGAGAAGGCGGUACAUUAUCAAAUGUUCUGCAAUAGAGAUAUAGAGAAAAGAACAAAUAAAAGAAUAGAUAAAUGAAGGAAUUGAGGAAUGGGGAAUAAGGGAACUGAGGAAUAGUGGUGCAAUGAGGAAGGAAUAGUGGAAUAGCAGAACAGAGGAAUAGUGGUGGAAUGAGGAAGAAAUAUAGGAACAGUGGAAUAGCGGAACGGUGGAAUAAAGGAAUGAAGGAACGACGACCGACCGACCGGAAUAUAUUUUGAAACGCUCCCUUAUCUAUAAAAUGAAAAAAAAAAAUUCAAUCUGACAUUUACACAUAAACUAAAAUAAAUAUCAUAUUCUUUUAUUUUGUUUAUCAAAGCUACACACUAAAUUUAAAUGUGUCGUACACUUCAGCAGAAAAACGUGUCGUGCUUAGAAUGUGUCGUAUACGAAUUUGUCGCGUUCUGUCUGCUGACUAUUCAUUCACCGUUUUAUUAUGCAACACAUAAUGAUAUAUAAACAACUUGGUUGAACAUAGAAAAAAAAAUUUCAAAUUCUUCUUAUUUUCUAGAUUAUUUCUAGAUUAUUUUUUUUAUCGAGAAAAUGCCAAUCUCGAUCCAUGAUCGAGAGAGGACUACCCUGAAGUGAUCUGAUACAAAUCGGAUCAACUCGAGAUUGGACAGAUCCCGGGAUCUGACCAGCUUGAGUUUUCAGAAUUAGAAUAAUUCAAUGGAAUUAAAUUAAAAAAAAAACAUCGAAAUAUGAUUUUCCAAAAGAACCAAUAGAAAAUGUGUCGCAUGUGUCGCACGAAAUGUGUCGUGGUCCUGCUAGAGAAAAUGUGUCGCAGUGAGCUCCUCGUGUCGCACUUUAAUGUGUCGUAUAAUGUGUCGCAAAGCACGACACAUGCGACACAUUUUAACUUAGUGUGUGGAACGUUAAAAUCAGGAUAUAUCCUAUAUCAAUUAGUUUUUUUUUCUUUUUUCCUAUAAUUCAUAGACUAUAAUUCCUGAUCAUGAUCGUUCAUUACAACAACAAGAAGAACAAGAAGAAAAUUAUUCUCGAUCAUCAAUAAUAGAUAAAUCAUCAUCAACAAAUAUUCUAGCUGUAUCAAAUAUAAAUGAUCAUUCAAAUGAUAAUCAUUUAUUAUGUUCUUCUUCAACACAAACUGAUGAUACUAUUUCAUCUUAUACAAAUGAUUUGGAUUUAUUUAAAGAUCUAUUAUUUCCAGUUGAUGAUAUUAAUAAUCAAUUAACAACAUUAAAUAAUACAAAUGUAGAAGAAAAAGAAAAUUUUCAUUUAUCAAAUCAUGUUGAAAAUUGGUCAAUCGUUCAAGUUGAAGAAUAUAUUGAAAAAUUAACCAAUAAUACUAAUGCUGAAGUUUUUCGUGAACAUGAUAUUGAUGGUAGAGCAUUAUUAUUAUUAACAGGAAGACAUUUAUGUCAUAAAAUGAAAAUUAAAUUAGAUAAAGCACUGGUUAUAUUAAAUGGUAUAAGAAAAUUACGUCAAUAUUAUGGACAAUCUUUUUCAUAA